GCGGCUAAAACGCAUGAAAUCCGCUUCGAUCGAAAACGCUAUCAGUUGUCCCUACUCUAGCCGGUGGCGUAAACAAAAGAAGGAAUCGUAGAUAGAUGACGCGUCCGCGGCUCGGCUCUGCUCGGGUAGUGCUGUUAGUCGAUGCUUAAUAACGCGAAGUGCAGCAACUAGCUGCCAACGGUGAAUGAUCGUUGUGUCUAAUUUUUUCACGUCGGUGUAUAUAUAUUCAAUACUCGGUCACGUCGCGAUUCACUCUUGAGGAACUAGUCUCGCUAUCGCACAGCUAGGAGGAUGUUUUAUCUGCUGUUUAAAGUUCCAAAAACCCAACAGCAGUCGCAAAACGGCGCAAAGGCAACCUCCACUGCCAACGAUGCCUCGAAGAAUCAAACUCCACCGACGCUCCUCUCGAGUCUUAGGAGCGUAUUCUUUGUUAUCGGGACCGUGGUGAUCGCAUUCGCCGCUUUCUGUAAUUCUUUGACAUGGCACUUACAAAGAUUCUGGGGUGCAUCUGGCGAUUUCUGGCAGGCUCAGUGGGACAAAAUCUUAGACAGAUUCGGAGAUGAUCCUGUUACCCUGUGGGUUUACGGAUCCUCGCUGCUGAUGUUAGUCGUCUACUGGGUGGUCGGUGGAAUUUACACCAUCCUAGACAUCACCAAUCGGCCGGCGGCACUGCGCAGAUACAAGAUACAACCGGGAACGAACGAGCCGGUCGACAAGAGGAAGUUAUGCAAAGUGAUCGGUCAAGUGCUAUUCAAUCAGAUCAUUGUCGGGUUUCCCGUUAUCUAUCUGAGUUAUUACAUCAUGGAAUGGCGCGGUUUCCCCCCAGUGCGCGAGCUGCCGACCUUCCACUGGGUGCUCGCCGAGAUCGCGAUUCACAUAUUAUGCGAGGAGAUUGGCUUUUAUUACUCGCACAGAUUCCUCCACAAGGGCAUUCUGUACAAGUACAUACAUAAGCAGCAUCACGAAUGGACCGCGCCUGUAGCCGUCACCGCGAUGUAUUGCCAUCCUCUGGAGAACAUCGGCUCGAACCUGCUUCCGCCUUUCCUCGGCGUGUUCCUCAUGGGCUCUCAUGUGGCUACCGCUUACCUUUGGUUCUCCCUCGCGAUUCUUUCGACGUUGAACGCACACUCCGGCUACCAUCUACCGUUUUUCCCGUCACCGGAGGCACACGACUUUCAUCAUCUAAAGUUCAAUCAGUGCUAUGGUGUACUCGGGGUUCUGGACCGCAUCCACGGCACCGACACGCAAUUCCGCAACUCGCGAUGUUACGCACGUCAUGUGAUGAUGCUCAGUCUCGUGCCGCCGAGGGAAGCUUUCCCGGAUGAGGUGAAAUACAAAUCGAAGUCUUCGAGGGAACUUCCGAAAAGAGAAAUUUUCCAUGAAAUACAAUAUAAUUCCCCACUGGCGACUAAGUUUGGGGACAGCGGAUCGUGAAUGUAAUCGACUUCGUUCAGUCCGAUGUAAUCGAUUUUGUCUGGACCGGCGAACUUCUUCGAUAAAUUCAGAUAAAUUUCAGCGGAUGCACACGAUCACGUGUACGUCGAUCUUCUAACCGGUAAUCUGUUCUUCUUCUUCUCUCUCUCUCUCUUCCAUGGUACCUGAAUGUUCAUUGUAUCUACUUUUCCUUAGGAUUCUUCUGUCAUUUACCUUCGUUCACUCCAACGUCGAAAUUUAAUGCCUCGUAAUUUUAUGUCAAAUUGUGCACAAUUAUGUGUCGUGCAGCAUGACAGUCGACUUUACCGGUUAGACGACUCUACGUCGUAAGCAAUUCUACUGUCCGCUCACUGACCUGGUGUGAUAAUAACUUGUAUAUAUAGCAUAUAUAAAUGCUAUGUGCAAGGUUGGACUGAAUAGAGAAAAUAUCGGGAAAGAGAGUGCCGGAGGGAAAUUCGUGAAAUUGAUAACAGAGUGCCUUAUAUUUUACUUGGGAUGCAACAGAAUGAAAUUUCUAUUGCCUGCAUAUUGGAUCGGCUUUUAACAAGCGUCCCUUUUCUUCUAGACCUUUCAAAACCUUCAAUUUCUCGUUUCUUUUUGUCUUAAAAUUGUUCCUUCUGUUCACAUUGGUCUUCUAAAUUUAGGUAACAAAAUUGUAUUCUCGGAAUUAUAUGCAUAUACGACAAGUAUAACGUCCUCCGAUAAUUAUUUCUCGGAUUUUCCUUUCAGUUCAAUCUUGAUUGACACAUUUUUCUAUAAUAUUUUUAAGCUGUACACUCAUGCACAAGUUCGUAUAUUAUAUUUGGUAGACUGGUAUUAAUGUGUUAUAUAUGAAUUUUUAAGUAGGUGCACAUAACACAUAUAUUCGCGCACAUAUUUACAUUGCAUAUAUACACACACACAUACACACACAAGCACAUAUGCAUAUAUUCUUGAAGCUUCUUCGAUGCAAUCGGACAGGCCUCUAGACAUUAAUUUAUUUUUUUAACGCAAAACGGAAACAAAAAAAUUAAAAUAUGGUGUUUUUAUAAUUGCACCAUAUAGAAAUACUGCAAUUAGAUUCAUAUUUUGUUAUUCGAAAUUGCAUUACUCUCACAAUGUUUUCAAUUAUGUUGAUUUCGCAAUGGUAGUCACGGACUGAAUAGUGCGUCAAAAAAGAUUACUAUUUUUAUAUUUAGUUCCAGAUGAUACUUCAGCGCAAGUGACGACUUGAAUUAGUUUUAGUCCAAAUCGGAAUCUAAAGUAACUGUACUUUUUUAGGAGAUGAGUACAACUCUCGUUAGAAAAUUAGAACAGAGCGUUAGCGAUUACGAGUAUUUCAAAGAGAACAGAAAAGAAAUUAAACUGAUUAUAUAGAGAAA